ACUGGGCUCUUUCUAGUGCCCACAGAGUAUCUAUAUAUAGCUGUGAGCCUGUGACCGAGGAGAAGAAAUAAGUCAGAACCUAGGCAGGUCGAUUGACAUAACACCCGAAUCCAAGUGAAACGAAAAACACUCAUCAUCAUGGAUUCAGUUGCAUUAAAUGGCAAAAGCAAUGAUAAGCCUCUUCACGUUGCCAUGCUCCCAUGGCUGGCCAUGGGUCACAUAUACCCUUACUUCGAAGUCGCCAAGAUUCUUGCUCAAAAGGGUCACUUUGUUACCUUCAUAAACAGCCCCAAAAACAUUGACCGCAUGCCCAAAACCCCGAAACACUUAGAACCAUUCAUCAAACUCGUGAAGCUACCCUUGCCAAAAAUAGAGCAUCUCCCAGAAGGCGCAGAGAGCACAAUGGACAUUCCGUCCAAAAAAAACUGUUUCCUCAAGAAAGCUUACGAGGGCCUACAAUACGCCGUUUCCAAGUUGCUGAAAACGUCAAACCCUGACUGGGUUUUGUAUGACUUCGCAGCUGCUUGGGUCAUACCAAUAGCCAAGAGCUACAACAUUCCUUGUGCUCACUACAACAUUACCCCAGCUUUCAACAAAGUCUUUUUCGAUCCACCAAAGGACAAAAUGAAGGAUUACUCGCUCGCAAGCAUAUGUGGUCCUCCCACGUGGCUUCCUUUCACCACAACGAUCCAUAUCAGGCCUUACGAGUUUUUGAGAGCAUACGAAGGUACCAAAGACGAGGAGACAGGUGAAAGGGCUUCUUUUGAUCUCAACAAGGCAUAUUCAAGCUGUGACCUUUUUCUUCUAAGAACCUCCAGAGAGCUUGAAGGAGACUGGUUGGAUUAUCUUGCUGGUAAUUACAAGGUUCCUGUGGUUCCAGUUGGGUUGCUUCCACCAUCCAUGCAGAUAAGGGACGUUGAAGAGGAAGACAAUAACCCUGAUUGGGUCAGAAUCAAGGAUUGGUUAGACACACAAGAGUCGUCAUCCGUGGUUUAUAUUGGGUUUGGGAGCGAGUUGAAGCUGAGUCAGGAGGACCUCACUGAGUUGGCACAUGGCAUUGAGCUUUCAAAUUUGCCUUUCUUUUGGGCAUUGAAGAACCUGAAAGAAGGUGUGCUUGAGUUGCCAGAAGGGUUUGAAGAAAGAACCAAGGAACGUGGCAUUGUUUGGAAGACUUGGGCACCCCAGCUUAAGAUCUUGGCUCAUGGAGCAAUUGGAGGGUGCAUGAGUCACUGUGGCUCUGGCUCUGUGAUUGAGAAGGUUCAUUUUGGGCACGUGCUUGUGACUCUGCCUUAUUUGCUUGACCAAUGUCUGUUUUCGAGGGUGCUGGAGGAAAAGCAAGUGGCUGUUGAGGUUCCAAGGAGCGAGAAAGAUGGGUCUUUUACUAGGGUCGAUGUGGCUAAGACAUUGAGAUUUGCGAUUGUGGAUGAGGAAGGGAGUGCUCUAAGAGAGAAUGCCAAGGAGAUGGGCAAGGUUUUCAGUUCCGAAGAACUUCAUAAUAAGUAUAUUCAAGAUUUCAUUGAUGCGCUUCAGAAGUAUAGGAUUCCUUCCGCUAGCUAAGCAGGAUUCAUGCUUUCCAUUUUUCCCCUUCUUCAUUAGCGUGCUUUUUUAUCCUGUAAUAAACAAGGUUAUUUCAACCCUGAUUUUAAAAAAUAAUUAGCAACCGCGAUUUUAGUUGGAAUGUCAAGUUAAGGUUUGUUCUUGUUUCUCUCUGUA